GGCUUAAAAAUAACCAACCGGAUGACAUUUAAAGUCACGUACCGCACGACUUUCUAUGCACGUGAGGGAGAAAUGAUAUAAACAUGAAUAUUUUUGUCACUGGUCGGUCAAGAUGGGAGAGAGCAACAUCGUGUAUGUGAUGAAGUUCAUACUGCUGAGUUUGAGCUUCUUGUGUUUACUGUUUACAGUUCUGCUUGACGCUCAGAAACACAACAAAAGUGGGGCGUUACACCCAUGUUUUUGUGAGCUUAACGGCCAGGUGGAUGAUUGCAACUGUAAGGUGGAAUCUGUCGCCUCCUUCAAUAAUCUCAAAGUCUAUGAUAGGCUACAGAACCUCCUGACCAGAAACUACUUCAAGUUUUUCAAGGUGAACCUUGACAAGAAAUGUCCCUUUUGGCCUGACGAUGGCACCUGUGCUUUGGAGAGUUGUGCUGUCUGCCCGUGCACAGAUGAGCAAGUGCCUUGUGGACUAAAAGAUGAACCAGGAAUACCUCACGGAAAAGAAAAGUACUUGAAGGAGUCCAAAGCAGGUGGGGAUGCCGAUGGGUCAUGUGACUCACGGAGUGACGAGGAAAUCCGUCUGAGUGCCCUGGACACCACCAUCAGCGAAGAGAGUGAGGCAGCCUUCAAGACGUGGACUGAGCACGACGAUAUGGCAGUAGACUUCUGUGAAGUUGAUGAUGAGCAGUCGCUUGGUAUGAAGUACGUUGACCUGACCAUCAACCCAGAGAGGUAUACGGGCUACAAAGGCCAAUCAGCAUGGAGGAUAUGGAACAGUAUUUACAAUGAGAACUGCUUCAAACCCAAUGAGCCAGCCAACUCUGAGGGAUACCAAACAUUGCUCACAGACAAGUCUGUCCGAGUUGCGUUGCAUACGCUGACGGGAGGAUGCAAAAAAAUGUGCCUUGAGAAAAGAGUGUUCUACCGUCUGAUAUCCGGACUUCACAGUAGUAUCAAUGUCCAUCUGUGUGCUAAAUAUUUAUUAUCAGGUGGAAUCUUUGGAGUAGAGACGUGGGGGCCCAACGUGGAUGAGUUCAAGCAAAGGUUUGAUCCUCAGACCACGGACGGAGAGGGCCCCGUGCGACUGAAGAAUCUGUAUUUUACUUACCUAGUGGUGCUGCGAGCCAUUGCCAAGGCCGCACCGCUGCUUGAAGCAGAACUUUUUUAUACAGGUGAAGCCAAAGAAGAUGAACAGAUUCAAGACGAUGUGGAAGAUCUCCUUCAAACUAUAAAACAAUUCCCCAACCACUUUAAUGAGAGUACCAUGUUCCAGGGUGACAAACUGCAGGCAAAGAGACUUAAGGAAGAAUUUCGAAACCAUUUCCUGAAUAUCUCCCGAAUCAUGGACUGUGUUGGAUGCGACAAGUGUAAACUUUGGGGCAAACUCCAGAUACAAGGAUUGGGGACAGCUCUAAAAAUCCUCUUUUCAAGUCCGGAUAGUCUCAAGUUACGUCGUCGGGAAAUUAUAGCCCUUUUCAAUGGAUUUGGCAGGCUGUCAAGCAGCGUUCACGAGGUUAGAGAAUUUCAGAUAUUACUGGGCGGAGGCACCUCAGGAAAUGCCAAGAUGGCUUCUUCAAAGUCGCCUUUCCUCUGAUGCAAACUCAGUGGAACUGUUCCAUCGUCUCCAGGGAAGUACCUAUGGGACCUCACCAUUGCAAAUCUACUCGUCUAUGAUCCCAAAUUCUCAUGAUUCUUUGUUCUGAGGGUGCCUCCUGUAAGAUGUCCGUGAUGUUGGUAAUUCCACUGUGUCUUUUUCAAACCUGAAACAUUCCCGUAGCAAACUUUGAUAUAUUUAAAAGACGUAUCAGCAGUGCAGGGUUCCAGCUUGCAAACUUUAAAAGUAGCCACUGUUCCUUCAGAAUUCACAUUUUUGGAACCACUUAUUAUUUUUGUUAUUGAGGGAAAGUGGCGAAUGAUGUCCAGAACUCUGUGGUAGUGAUUCAUAACUAUCGCAGAGCUUUCUGUCGAUCAAGUAGCCACUUUUCAACUUAGCUAUUGCCAUGCUGCCUCACUGCUGUUAUUUGUCUCUUUCCGUUCGUGCGUUAUCUCACAUUAAUGCAAAUGCAGUAGGAGUCCUCCAAGCACACUCACUGAUAUUCAUAAGGACAAUUCCAUCCUAGAUCACAUGUAUCCAAAACUUCUCAGUCCAUACUCAUGUGGAAAAAGAAGUGUUUGUUCAUCAACCAUUUUACCAUAGUGGGCUGCAUAAAGUGGUCUCUCUAUCGUACACGCUAUGCACUGUAUUGUACCUUGCCCUGCCAAAGGAAAUCCUUUUUGAAGUCUAAUGUGCCAUGCACAACAGAUUCCACUUACUAAGUUCUGUCAAGAACACCAUAAUGUAUUUUCAUUAAUUCUAUUGUAUUUAGUUUUCAGUGUUUUGUCGUGGUGGGCAGUGAGUUGCUCAGUACCGCAUCCAUAUCAAGGAAUAAUUGGAAUUGGAAUUGUGAUUGAAUCCCACAAAAAAGCCUUUCAGGCAAGUUCUUUGGUAAUUUUGUUUAGUUUAGAAAAACCAAACAGAGCUCUUUGUUUGAGGUGUCACUCAGUUUAGCACCUAGAUGACAGUGGACGUUAUCUGGAUGAAAAGGGACUUUACCGGGUUGAAGCUGUUAAGGGCUCAUAUUUAUUUAAAUUAUGUGAUAUUCUGUUGAAGGCCUGUAACUCAAAAGUAGUUGUUGUGUCUUGAACCUCGUUUUGUUUGGGCAGAUCAUAAUCUUAAAUCUUUCAUUCUUUCUGCUUGUCUGAAAAUCUGUGAAAUUUCAGCGAAUCUUUUUAUACCUCCAGAGUCAUUUUGUGUUAAGCAAAUUUUUUGUGCAAUUUACAGCCAGCCAAUUGUUUUGUAUACACUUCAGUUUUUCCUUUUUAAACCCCAUUGGUUAGCACCAAGGUUAUGUACCUUUCUGUGGUAACAUGAUUUGGAUGUUUUUUUAGUUGAUUGUAAAGCUCAGGUGAAAUUCUCUCACUUGUACUGGUGUACAGACAGGGCAUUCAUUCAUUUGUUGACUGUGUUAUUUGCUUAGUAGCCUGGUUUGGUUUCUCUAAACCUUCUGUUCGCUGAUGUAUAAUUAAAAAUGAAGUAUAGUAUUACAAGCAGUGGUUGAAACGGGCCUCUACAAUCUGGGGAAGUCUUGCCCAUAUUUGUCACUGUUCUUCUCUUCUUUCAGGUGCGAUUGGCAUGUGUUGUUAAUGUUUGUUUUUAUCGGGUACAUUUUAUUUUUUGCAGAGCCACUCUCUUUUUAUUGUCCGUCGAAAGAGGGUAAGAUGAAGAUAGGUCUGCUCAUAACGGUCUCCUUUUGAAGUUGGUUAGGGACAGGUUGGCAAUGUAUGAUGUCGGAGUAGACUAUCAUUGAACCAAGGAUUGACCUUAUGCUUUGUAAAAGAGAGUAUUUUGUGUAUAUUUUCUAUACAAGUAUUGAACUGGUUCUUCAUUCUCUUAUUGGUGAUGAACCGUAUUGAUACUUUAUGUGGUUACUUGCGUGGUGUUGAUUGCACGAUGUUUCAUACAGCUGUAGUCCUUAAGUUUUGAAGUCAUUUCACUUUAACCCUAAAAGAGCCUGAUAAGGGGCAGAAUUGGUCCCCUCCCCGCUGUUGUCAAUGAUUUCAUUUUGUUUUCUUUUCCUGCUGAACCUUUGCAGUUUCUGUGUGUCUUAUGACCAUUUUAAAACCAAUUUAUUGAUAAAUAGGACAAUCCAGAUACCUGUUUUCUGAGACAGGUUACGCUCAAGGUGUUAACUUUUCCCACUGAUGUGCUUUUACGUGUAUCCCAGCUGCCUAACACAUGGGCCAUUUUAACAUAUGCAGUUGCUUAUGUCGGAAGUGAUUACACCACCUCUCCAGCUGUGAGAUAGUCCGGGAAAAAAAAGGGCUCAUUUAGGGUUAAUAUGCAAAUGAAUUUACAUGCAUGUUAUGUUUGUACCAGCUGCUUGAAUUUUGAAUUUCAGAAUACAAAAACCUUAACUUUUUUUCCAUCUGUAGUAGCUUCGGAGAAUUGUAUGGAAAAUACUGUCAUCAAUAAAAAAAUGAAAUCAGUAUCGAAACAUGUUCGAAACACAA